AUUUAAAAGUGAUCUGGAAGCAUGGCUUUAAUCAUUUACAAGAUGCCAUACCAUCCGGUUGGAAAUCAACCCAAUGCAUAAAGUGUCACUCUCAGUGCACCCUCGAGCAGAUAUAUAAAAAUCAUCUCUUCAUCGAAGCAGACGCUCGAUCGGGACCAAGUGACAAGCCAGCGAAACACAUGUUAGGCGACUUCCCGACAACAAUCACACUCAAUUGUUCUAUAUACAGGUUGCGAGGAGUAAUUGGCCAUCAACCAGGCAGUGUGAAAAAUUCGCAUUUUAUAGCAUACUGUCAAAGGUCUCGUUUGGAGGAAUACAACGAUAUAUAUCAUCUUCAAUCACCAUGGUCCAACCAUCUAAGCAAAUCAUCCCGAACGCAGCUAUCUACAUUCGAGAUGAUAGAUGCACCUUUCAAUGCCAACAAUAUUGACAACAAAAGAACUGAUAUCUACAAUAAAAAAAACAAUUUUAAUCAGCAACAAAUAGAGCUCUUGCAACAACAAUAUACCAAACGCAACUCCGUUGUGGACUUGAUCACUCUACAACGGCAAGAGCGACUUCUCUAUGCCACCACCUCUUCUACGAAUACUGAGGUUUUACGUAGUGGAAGCAUUGUUCGGGAUAUGCCUGAGAUCCUUAGGGUUGCUGCUUUAAACAAUAAUCAUUACAAGAGCGCCAACAGUAUACGUUUUUCAGCAGCAGGUUCAGACCUAAAACCACCAACAAUGCACAACGUACGCUUGCCGUCCAUUUCACCAACGCUUUCAUUAAACGGAAGUUCUAAUGAUGCAAACAACGUUCACUACUAUUCCAUGUACGGUCCAAUUAGCCCACAAUCCAGUGAUAGUGGCCACAGUAUACCAGACAACAUUUCACAAGUAAAUGGAACAAAAUAUCGGAGCAGCUUCAGCGGCUCCAAUAGCUCAUUUGACUCUCAUAACAUAUCCAAAUCAUCACAACAGUCACAAUCGCAUAAAGAGCUGUUCACGCAACGCAAGCAGCGAGAAUUUACGCCAGAUAGUAAAAAGGAUGACAGCUAUUGGGAUCGUCGUCGCCGUAACAACGAAGCGGCCAAGCGUAGUCGCGAAAAACGACGUUAUAAUGACAUGGUCUUGGAGCAGAGAGUUGUUGAGCUAACAAAGGAGAAUCACGUAUUAAAGGCACAAUUAGAUGCUAUUAAAGACAAAUUCAACAUAACCGGUGAAAAUUUAGUUAGCGUUGAACAGAUAUUGGCCUCAUUACCGACAAGUGAGCAAGUCUUAAAUAUUACAAAACGUGCCAAGAUGACAAUGACUGGCGGUUUCAUCGGUGCCACAACCGUUGUACCCAACUCCAUUGUUUAUGGCAUACCUGGGCUUUCAUCUACAAAUGGUUCAGAGGGCCCUCUUACUACAACACCAGUACUACAAACGCCAUCAUCGAGUGGUAUACUUACACCCCAGAAAUCGAAUACCCUAAACCAGGUUUGCACUAUUGAUCCCAACAGCGCAUUGAAUAAGGACAACGACUUAAUGUGUAAAACUUCUCAACAGCCAUUGCAACCGGUUAUCAAAAAUAGCCAUGCAAAUGUACCCACUACACUCUCUCAUACACACCCGAUCUCAUCAGUAGCUCAUAUGCAGUUAUCCUCCUCGCAGGUACACCUCAGCGCCGAACGCUAUCAGCCACCACCACACCUGUCAGUUAACAAAAACUAUUCUGCUGACAUGUCUAGACCAAACAAUUCCAGUAUAUUAACCAACGUUAACCUCACUGUUAACACAACAUCACAUGCACAGAGUGCCGGGCAUAUGGUAUUAUCAGCACCACCUCAACAUCCACCACCGUCCACUUUGCAGAGUUCACAUGUUUUGGAGCCGCCCAAUCGCAACGUUAACUGCGAUGAUCUCGAUAACUUGCGUAAAGUUGUAGCCGUGGUAGGUGCUGCUAUAAGUAGAAAUGAUGCAGGAGAACCCACAGAUUCUCCACUGUAUAAUACAACGGCAACGGCACCCCUCUACUUGCCACCACAUCCGAGCAAUAUAUAUUCCUACAGCACAAAGGAACAUGUAUCCAUAUCCAGACAAAAUCUAGAAAACGAGUAUAAUGCGAAAUCACCCGAAUUCAACAAUGUUAGUUCAAGUGCAGUAGAGUCAGUUUCUUCAUCCACCGUUACUUAUGGCAACACAAACGCUGGCAGUAGCAUUCUUAAUCUUUCUCGUCGCAUCUACUCGCCAGCAUAUGAACAUAUGCUAUCAUCCACCACGUCCUCGUCUCUGUCUUCAACUUCUUCUUCAGGAGUUAUCUCCGGGGAUGAUGAACACGAAGCUGACGGUGGGGAUGAUGUAGAUCAUAACAGUGUCGUAAAUAUUAGCACCACCAGCCCUAGCAGUACCGAUUCAAACAACUGCCUACCGCUCAAGUUAAGGCACAAAUCUCAUUUAGGUGACAAAGAUGCUGCUGCCACAGCGCUGCUGGCGCUUCAGCACAUUAAACAGGAGCCAGUAAGCAAUCGAGCUUCACCACCCGCUUGGGCAGAUAAUGGGGACAAUUCGAGCGAUGAACGCGAUUCCGGAAUCUCGAUCGGUAGCACUGAUUGGACAGCACAAUUGCAACAAAAAGUGGACACAGCGAAUUGUGGAAAUACAGCAGUGGUUGGGGUGUCCGUUUCGGAACGAGAACAUAUACUUAAGUCUCAUUUGGCGCGGCUAGAAUCGGAGAUGGCGAAUAUUAAAAAUAUGAUGAUCCUCUCAGUAGAUCAAAUAAGUUCACCAACACAUUUUAAGCUGUAGAAUGUGGUAGAAAUCAACAUCUUGAAUGCCUCCAGGAGGCAUAAAUGUUGGUAUUUAAAUGGAGAGAGAGCAGAGACAUAAUAACUUUUUAUACCCGAGCGCACUUGUGCACAAGGGCAUAUUAACUUUGUUCACAUAACGGUUGUUUGUAACAGCCAAA